AACGACUUAGAUUGUUGCGCAGCUACAGUAAUCACAGAGACACUCCACUGGAGAAAAGACGCACAGGCGAUCAGAACGCUAUUUAAUGCUGUUUAAACCUUAAGCGUUUAUAAUUUGCAGUUAAACUCUGGUCUGGAGCAGAAUGAGUUAAACGGCUCAUCCGCGCGCUCAGCCGAACAGAGCUGCUCACCGGCAGCAUCUGUAAUCAUGCCCGGUAAUGGAACCGAGGAAGCACCCGACGACAGCACGGAGAUGGAGCAAAAACGUUUGGAAAGCGGUACCAUGAGGACUGACUUGGAGGCUGGGAGUUGCAGCGCUGCAAUCCACUGUCGUGAUGUGUGUCGUUCAUAUGGGAAACUUAAAGUCCUCAGCAGUCUCAACCUGACAGUGCCUCAGGGCCAAAUUUAUGGGCUGCUGGGGCCAAGUGGCUGUGGGAAGACUACGUUGUUGAAAUGCAUUGUGGGAACUCUAAAGAUCUCACAUGGUCAUAUAACAGUGCUGGGGAAACCACCUGCUUUCCCAGGACAUGAAGUGCCAGGAAGGAUGGUGGGAUACAUGCCACAGGACAUAGCUCUGUACAAUGAGUUCACUAUCAGCAACACGCUAUGGUUUUACGGUCGAAUUCAUGGCCUUUCGUCUAAAGAGACAGAAGCCAGGAUGAACUUCCUCAUUGACUUCCUAGACCUGCCACAGAAAAACAGCCUUGUGAGAAAUCUCAGUGGAGGCCAGCGACGACGUGUCUCACUUGGAGCUGCUCUGCUACAGAACCCACAACUUCUGAUCCUGGAUGAGCCCACUGUGGGAGUGGACCCUGUUUUGCGUGCCAAGAUAUGGCAGCACCUGGUAGAAAUUGUAAGAGGAGGACAGGUUUCCGUCAUUAUUACAACGCAUUACAUUGAGGAAGCCAGGCAAGCCAAUACGGUGGGUUUGAUGAGGAAUGGUUGGUUGUUAGCUGAAGGUCCCCCGGAUGCUGUUAUGAAGCAACACAAUGCAGCAACAUUAGAGAGUGCGUUCUUGCAACUUUGUGAGGACUCUGAUCAGAUGGGCUCCAAACAAAGUCCUCAAGGCCGUCUGCUGGACAGCAGCCCGUCUCCAGAUAGUAUGAGAGAUGAGAGCAGAGAGCCAAUACUGAGAAAGAGCACACCAGAGGACAUACCCAAAUAUAAAGCUGACUGGAAAGUGCGAGCCAGACACGUCAUACCAAAAUGGCGUAACAUUGCAGCGCUGAUGAUCAAGACAAUGGUUCGGAUGAGGAGAAUGCCAGGGUCCCUCUGUUUCCAGUUCCUGUUGCCUGUAAUUCAGAUUUGUCUGAUGUGCUUGUGUAUUGGUGGAGAUCCCAGAGGCAUUGAUGUGGCUGUGGUCAAUAAUGAAACAAGUCCCAGUGCCUAUAGUAGAUCACUGCUGUCCUUCCUCGACAACACGAGUAUCUACCAGGUGAGCUUGUCUCAUUCUGAAGCUUUUGCUGGUAUCCAUAAUGGGGAAUACUGGGGCGUCAUAGAGUUCGGGGAGAAUUUCACCAGCUAUCUAACCAAAAGGAUGCUGCAGCCCAGAGUCUCCAAAGAAGUGGUUGAGGGAGGGUCAGUACAUGUUUGGCUGGAUCUGACCAACCGACAGAUUGCCCUAAUGCUGCAGAAGAAAGUCCACGAGGCUUUUGAGGCUUUUAUUGAGACGAAGCUGGGGAGUUUGUCAUACAUGGUGGCUGUCCCUAUAAAAUUUGAAGAACCAAUAUAUGGCAGUAAGAACACAGAUUUCACAACAUUUGUGACACCAGGAGCAGUUUUGAGCAUUACAUUUUACCUGGCAGUGGGGUUGACCGCUCUGUCCUUUGUGUUAGAGAGAAAGGAGGGGCUGUUGGACAGGUGCUGGGUGGCAGGUGUAAGUUCUCUGGAGACCAUGCUGGCACACCUCUUCUCACAGCUGUUUGUCAUCAGUGUUCAGAUCAUCCUUCUGCUGAUCUUCAUCCUGUUGGUCUUCAAAAUUCCUAAUGAAGGAUCUCUGGCUUUGGUGAUCUCACUGAUUGUGCUGCAAGGAGUGACGGGAAUCUCCUUCGGGCUGGUCAUCUCCUCUGCUAUCGAUGACGAGCAGUCGGCCAAUCAGGCGGCUCUUGGAAUCUUCUACCCCAACCUCAUCAUUAGCGGUGUUAUCUGGCCGGUUGAGUGUAUCCCAUAUCCUUUGCGUUAUUUGAGUCUAGUCCUGCCCCAGACCUACGCAUCUGAAGCCCUGCGCUGCAUCAUGUACAGAGGUUGGGGUCUGUCCCGCAUGAUGGUUUGGCGAGGUUUUGCGGUCACUCUGGGCUGGAACACAUUCUUCCUCAUGCUGGCCACAGUCAUUCUCAAGCUGAGAACGUGAGAGGCUCAGCUAAAGAAAGGUGCUUCAGAUUGGGUAUAGUGGUGUCAGGCGAGGCCAAAAAAUGAUUGCCAAUGGAUCUGCCAAUCUGAGCCUCUCUCUCCUUUAAUAUGCCAUUCACCCAAAACUGGCCUCCCAAGGACCAUCAGCAUGAAACUCAGGGCAUCCAUCAACCAGCUAAGAGACCUAUUCAACCGUUUAUUGACAAUGUGACUCAUAACACUCAGUUUCACGUGGGCUUCAAUUAUUUAAAAAACCCAUCAAAGAAGAAAGGAGGUGUUGAAGCCAACUGUUGAAACUUUCCAUAUCCUCUAUUUCCCAUGGUUUAUGUAACACAUCCUGAAUUCAAAUUACUGACUAGGUUUCUUAGUGCAUGUUUUUUAUGCCUUUUCUGUGCCAGUAAACCUUUAGACGGUACAGCCAGACACGUAAAUUGCUGUAGGGAAGCCUAAAAUGUUGGCCACCCUUUUACUCCCUCAUCCUGAACUGAAAGAACACUGGAUUCUUCACUGAGCACUGUUCACCCUUUGCAUAGUAGUGUUUGUUUUCCAAAUCGCUGCUUGUUCUUUUUUUUAUGAUAAAUGUUUUUAGAUUAGCAGUCUGGGUGUUAAUCCAUCAAGUGCCAUAAAAAAUGAAGGAAGGACUACAAUGUUUACAUUUGAGCACAUAGCAGGCCACCUGCGAGUUGAACUGAAAAGACGCAUCUAGUCCUGUAUUUUAAUAUAUGUAUGUUAUAUUUGAAAGACAACAGCACAAACUGCAUUACAAUGCAAGCCAUAUGCUGAGUUACUUGGAAUCGUCAUAAAAUUUGAUGAAUAUUUUAGCGUGCAAUAUUUGAUGAGCAGAAUACAUCAAGAAUAUUUUAAAUGUACACUGAAUGCUUAUUGGGUUGGGGGAUAAAUCUUAGGUGUGUUUUAAAAUGUCAACAAAUUUAUUAUGGUUUCAUAUUUUCUCUUUGAAUCUUCAGUUCAACAAUAGGAUACUUGAUUUCUACCUUUACCUUGGUACACUGACCAGCUCCCGGUUCUGGUUUGGUUUACAGUCUCUACACCACAGUCAGACUGAACAAAUCUAGGCCUUCCUUAACUCAACUGAAAGACUGCAAGUUGCAAAAAAAUUGUUAGUUUGUUUUAACUACAUUUAAAUUUGGUUUACAUUAUAUCAACUAUCUGUACUUUGAAUAGUCGAAAAGUUCACAAACGGAACACUAGUGUUUUUUCAUGUAAAUGGAAAAUGCUGCUGAUUAAAAGUUCUGCAACUAUUUAAGAAUUAUGAAACAGUCUUUUCAGUGUAGUUCCAAUGACGCCCACACUAAAGGCUGGAAUUUCAUGGUAUGUUUUGAUGGAACAAGCUGACAGUUGAUUUUAGGACUAGAGCUUUGUUAGCUCUAGAUUUUUUUUCUGGCUCCGGUUGAGGCUUAGAGACAAAUGUUUGGCAAGGGUUUGUUAAGUACUGUGCCAUUUUGAAAGGUCAUCGUGUCACCUUUAUACACACACGAGACCAUUAUUUGCUACCUCUUGAAUUGUUGCAUAUAAAGCCCUUGUAUAUGUGCACAUUGACAUGCUCUCAGUGUAAAAUGAUCUUUAUGGAAUUAAUAACAUCUUUUUCAACAAUAAAUCUUUUUAAUAACCUCUUCA